CUCUCUCUCUCUCUCUCCCUCUCCCUCUCUCUCCACUUCUCUCUCUCUCUCUCUCUCUCUCUCUCCCUCCACCCAAAACACACAGAACAGGCCCUGUGUCAGAGCAGCGAGCUGUACUGAUCUGGGUCCUGCCCCCCUUCCCGUUUAACGCAGUCUGGUUCAAACGGCACAUCUGACCCCAGAUCAGCCCUUCUCGCCCACUCUGAGGCACGAGAGACAAGACCCAGGCACUAGUGUCUAGGGGGGCAACUUCUCACCUGUGGAGCCAUUCGAACCAGGCCAUGGCGCCCCCUAGUGGGUGCAUGCUGCCGGUGCAUCCAGUGUGUCGUCGAUCGGUGUUUGGUGUGUGUGUGUGUGUCUACCCCCUAAGUGUGUGUGAUGCCAGCCUGCAGGCCAUGUGAUGUAUCUCACACAGAACCGAACGCCAUUAAUGUUUCAGCGUAUGGAGCCGCCCUCAGAGGAGGGGGGGCCGGGUGCCCCUGGGGGGCAGGGCCUCAACGGCCUCCCCGCCACCCAGACCGACAACCUCAACAGCAUCCCUCCAGAAGGGGGCAUGACUGAGAGCCAAUCGUGGGUAACAGCCAAAGCUCAGGAGAUGUUCCAGAAAACAGACAACUGGAGCCCUGAGAGACCCUACCCCGACGAUCUCCAUGACAACAGACACAACUCCCAGACGAUCACAGACACCAGCCCGAUGUGUCGCUCCACCUCCUCCCUGGUCCACGGACGGAGCGGGCGGGGCGUGCGUCUGGACGACUACUCCCUGGAGAGGGUGGUGCCCGAGGAGGGCCGCCACGGGGGAGGGGGGGGGCACCGGAGGAGGGAGCGUAACCACGGCACCUCCCAGAGGUCCCUGGCACGAUACACUGACGCCGACACCGGUGACCUUCCCCCCAAGGAGCGCGAGCGCGAGCGUGGCCGGGCCAAGGACCGCCGCCACCACCACCACCAUCACCACCACCACCACAGCUCCCUGGACAAGGAGCGCUACGGCCCCGAGCGCCAAGACUACCCCCAGCGACACCCCCACGACCGGGGAGAACGACACUGGUCACGCUCUCCCAGCGAGGGCCGAGGGCACCGCCAGUAGCUCGGUGAGCGGCAGCCCCGUCCCGUCCACCUCGGGGACGAGCACCCCGCGCCGGGGGCGCCGCCAGCUCCCCCAGACCCCCGCCGUGCCCCGCCCCCACGUCACCUACUCCCCCGCCGUCCGCAAGCCCAACUACGGCCCCCCCGGCCGCCUCCGCUCCCCCUCCCCCCGGCACUUCUCCCCCCCGGAGCACGACGCGGGCGGGUACCACCGCCCCCCGUCCCGCCAGGCCUCUCCCCACCACGGCGGCGGCGGGGGGGGAUCGUCCAGGCACGGCUCGCCCCGGUCGCCGCGGCACCAGUCGCCGCGUUCGCCGCCGCCUCACGGGUCACCGCGGUCCCCCCACCGGGGGCGAUGGAGCGGGCCCCCGUCCGGAGACGGCCUGGAGGGGGACGGGCCGUUCUACGAGCAGGACUACGAGUACGAGCGCCACCACGAGCCGCCUGGGUACGAGCAGAGCCUGGCGCACGGCAACCCCCAUCCCCACGGCAACCCCCACCCGCGCUCCCCCAGGACUGUCCGGCACGGUGGCGGCCCUCCCCCGCCUCCCCCUCCUCACCCCCGCAGGGUGCCCAACGGAUACCGCUCCAACUCGCCCUCCCCCCACCGGCGAGGGGGGCCCCCUGGACCCCCACACCCCCACCAACGGGCCCCCCACCCUCGAGGGCCCCGCAAGGGCCUCCAUGAACCUUACAGUGAGACGGACGACGAUGACUGGUGCUAGCGGACCUGGGGAGGAGGAGAAGGAGGAGGAGGAGGA